AUCGGCAGCCGCAAGAAGAGCGUGAACAUGACCGAGUGCGUGGCCGUGCCCAGCUCCGAGCACGUCGCCGAGAUCGUGGGGCGCCAGGGGUGCAAGAUCAAAGCCUUGCGCGCCAAGACCAACACCUACAUCAAGACGCCGGUGCGCGGCGAGGAGCCGGUGUUCAUCGUGACGGGCCGCAAGGAGGACGUGGAGAUGGCCAAGCGCGAGAUCCUGUCGGCCGCCGAGCACUUCUCCAUGAUCCGGGCCACGCGCGGCAAGGCGGGUGGGCUGCCCGGCGCCGCCCCGGGCCCGCCCAACCUGCCGGGACAGACCACCAUCCAGGUGCGCGUGCCCUACCGCGUGGUGGGGCUGGUGGUGGGGCCCAAGGGGGCGACCAUCAAGCGCAUCCAGCAGCGGACGCACACGUACAUCGUGACGCCCGGGCGCGACAAGGAGCCGGUGUUCGCCGUGACGGGCAUGCCCGAGAACGUGGACCGCGCGCGCGAGGAGAUCGAGGCGCACAUAACGCUGCGCACGGGCGCCUUCACCGACGCGGGCCCCGACAGCGACUUCCACGCCAACGCCAUGGUCCGCGUGGGCCCCGGCCUACCUCACGAGCCGCGAGCCGUUGCUCUCCUGGGGGUCCUGAGUGGCUCCCGGGCACUGCCGAGCCUGGACCGCCGCGUCCUCUGCCUGCCGCCCACCCUCCGCCCACCCUCCUCUCAUCGUAAAGCCGUCGCAGAAGUGGGACCUCGGAACCCGUGGCCUGUAGGGACCGGCUCUCCUGCCCGGCACCACUCCUGGUCAUCAGGAUUAUAA